AUGGUCGAUUUUGAAAAGGAUGGUUUCAUGUCGCCAGUCCCCCCGAACCCCUCCCCCGAGGAGGCGCCAAGGUAUUUUCUGGCUCAUCACGGUGUCACCAAAACUACCAAUGGAGUGACAAAAUUGCGAUGCGUUUUCGAUGGCAGCGCCCCUAGCUCCACGGGCGUUUCAUUGAAUGACACUUUGUUAGCUGGCCCUGCCCUCCAGAAUGACGUCCGUGACGUCUUACUGAACUUUCGCGCCCACCCUGUGGUUUUUGCCUGUGACAUUAAGCAAAUGUACUUGCGCAUUAGCGUCACAGAAACUCAUCGCCCUUAUCAAUGUAUUUUAUGGCGUGCUCACCCCUCAGAGCAGCUGAGAGCGUAUUAUUUGAAUACUGUCACUUUCGGAAUUAAUUGCUCGCCCUUUUUAGCAAUUCGAACCCUGCAUCAACUGGCCAGGGAUCACGGACAUAAAUAUCCCAACGCAGCCAAAAUCCUUUUAGAGUCUGUUUACGUCGAUGACGUCAACGGGGGCGGACCUACCAUUCGUGUCGCUAAGGAGCACCUCGAGGAGUUGAUCGCUCUUCUCGCCCUGGGAGGAUUCUUCUUGCGAAAAUGGUCGGCCUCCCACCCCGAAAUUUUAGAAAAUUUGCCCGCGGACCACCUAGAAUGCCCAAUCAUUGACGAAAAUGAUGAAAGCCCGCGGUUUUCGAUUUUGGGCGUACAAUGGGCGCCAAAAUUGGACUGUUUCACUUAUGUAAUUAAUUUAAAGCCUCACGCAGCCACCAAGCGCGGUAUUCUCUCCAUGCUUGCUUCAAUCUAUGACGUCUGCGGAUGGAUUGCACCCGUGACCUUCACUGCUAAAUCCUUAAUGCAGGAAAUAUGGAAAUUGAAAUUGUCAUGGGACGAGCGAGUUCCCGAUGAAAUCUGGCAACUGUGGUCCAAUUUCUGUAGAGAAUUGCCAGCGCUGCGCAAGGUUUUGAUUCCUCGCUGCUUGUAUGUGAGCGCGGAAUAUUUUGAAGUCCAUGGAUUUUGCGACGCCAGUCAAUUAGGAUAUAGUGCCCUUUUGUAUCUUAGGUCUUCGCCCUCCCCGGAUUCUGAAGCCCUUGUAAAUCUCGUCACUGCUAAAACGAAAGUCGCGCCCCUGCGUCAGGUCACUUUACCGCGUUUAGAACUUUGCGCCGCCGAUUUGCUCGUUCAACUUUUUCACGCGACGUUGCCAAAACCCCAAGAAAAAUUCGGCGCUGAGAAUUUUUAUGCGUGGUCAGACAAUACAACGGUUUUGCAUUGGAUAAAUACAGAAUCUCACACUUUGAAAACUUUCAUUGCUAACCGGGUUGCCCGCAUUCAGGAGCUUGAGAAUGUUACGUGGCGUCACGUACGUUCGGCCGAUAAUCCCGCGGAUGUGGCAACACGGCCCAUGGUGCCUUCAGAAUUGCCCUCAAAUGAAUUGUGGUGGCACGGGCCCCCCUGGCUCUCCUUGCCCCACUCCGAAUGGCCCGAGGAGCCCCUCGGCACCCCAGAUUUAGACGCCAUGGAAUUUAAGAAGGAAAUGGCGCCCCCUCCCGCCCUUGAUGCCCUUGUCGCCCUUCCGCGUCCUACAAUUAUUCCAGAUCUUUCCUCAUGGGAUAAAAUUGUUCGCGUGAUCUGUUAUAUUUUUCGCUUCAUUCACCGCUCGCGAAAAAUACCUUGCUGUAAAGGCCCGUUGGACUUGACAGAAGUGCGCACCGCGGAAAUUUGGAUUGUGAAGUUUAUUCAGGCCGAGCAUUUUUCUGAUGACGUUAAAUUGUUACAGCGUGAGCCUAAAGCACUCUGCUCAUUGAGAACACAAAAGCUAACGCCUUUCCUUGACAAAGAUGGGCUUCUGAGAGUGGGCGGAAGACUGCACAACGCAGAUAUCACGCUUAACGCCCGUCACCCCCUCCUCCUCCCAUGCAAGGACAAAUUAGUGCGUUUGCUCGUAGAAAAAUAUCACGCAGUGAACCUUCAUCCCGGCCCUCAAUUAUUACAAGCCCUUAUUUCUCAAAAAUACUGGGUUCUAGCUGGCCGUUCCUUAUUUCGCAGCGUUGUUCACAAAUGCGUGCACUGUUUCAGAGCUCGCCCAUCCAAUGCAGUUCCCUUAAUGGGUUCUCUUCCUGCCCCCCGAGUGCAGCCUAGCGCGCCCUUCGAGCGCACAGGCGUUGAUUACGCUGGCCCUUUCUCUGUGAAACUUCACUCCAAUCGCACCGCACGCACUGUCCCGGCCUACGUCAGCGUUUUUGUCUGUUUAGUCACAAAGGCGGUACAUCUCGAAGUUGUAGACGGCCUUUCCACCCCUGAAUUUAUCGCCGCCCUUCAACGUUUUAUCGCUAGGCGCGGAAAUCCUUGUUUGAUCAUGUCCGAUAAUGGCACGAAUUUCGUCGGCGCGGCCAACGUAUUCGCUCGGAUUAUGAAAUCAGCUGAUCCUGCCUUACAGGAAUUUUUUUUGAAAAAUAAUAUUCGGUUUGAGAAUAUCCCGCCUUCCAAUCCCACCAGUGGAGGACUGUGGGAAGCCGCUGUUAAGAGCAUGAAAUCUCAUUUGAAACGGACGAUAGGAAAUGAGAGACUUUAUGCCGCGGAAUUCUUAACAUUGAUGUGUCGCAUCGAGGCGAUGAUGAAUUCGCGCCCUCUCACCCCUAUGUCAUCAGACCCUAAUGACUUUCGCCCUCUGACGCCCGGUCAUUUUCUCAUUGGCCGCCCGUUGUGCUGCCCUCCGGAACCGAUUUAUUUUGAUCAAGACAUGUCUCGCCUCCGCCGUUGGGAACUUGUAAAUGGAAUGUUUCGAGCAAUCUGGCGGCGAUGGAGCGUUGAAUACAUGCACACCCUCCAGCCUCGCGGCAAAUGGGUCAAAGAGGCCCCGAACUUAGAAGUAGGAACUUUGGUCCUCAUUAAAGAUGACAAUUUACCUCCUCUGGAAUGGAAGCUUGGCCGCGUGUUAGAUGUUUACCCUGGUAAGGACAAGCGCGUUCGAGUAGCUUCGGUGAAAACCAUUUCCGGAACGUAUGAGCGCCCGGUCCUAAAGCUCUAUCCCUUGCCUCAGGAAGACUGA